AGCUGGAGCUGGUGCAGAACGCUGUUUUCACUGACCCCACCGACCAGAGUGCCUGGGUCUACCUGCGCUGCAUCCUCUCCCGAGCCACCCCCCCGCCGAGGAUCAUCUGCGUGUACGUCAACCGAGAGGACGCCAUGUUGGCCGUCGUUUUCUCCCGCCCUGUCGUGGUGAGCCCGGAUCGCCCGGCGCCCCUGGAUGGCUCCGCCCUGGAAGGGGCGUGGCGCUCAGGGGAAGGGCGGCCACGCCCCAGCCACACCUGGGUAUCAAAGCUCCUGGACCUGCCCUGCCCCACAGAGGCCCCGCCCACCGAGCGGCCACGCCUCCAGCUGGGUGUCACCUGGGAGCCCGACUCCGCCCACUGCCAGGUGAUGCUGCUGCCAGACGAUGACAAGGCCUGGUGGCAGGAGCCAAUCGCGGCCCGGGAGCUGUUUUGGCCCGAGGUGGGGGUGGCCAACCCCCAGGUGCUGUGGGAACAGGUGGAGACCUGCCGGGAACUGCUGGAAUUGGAACCCUGGAGCCGAGGCUGCCUCCUCACCCUAUCGCUGCUGCUGUUGGCGCUGGACCCCGUUGGCCACGCCCAUGAGGCCUGGAGGCACCUGGAGAGCCUGAAGGAGGCCGACCCGCUGUGA